AUGGGGCAGAACAACAGCGUGCCCAACCAGGGAUCCAGCCAGGGCGGCGGCGAGUCCAAGAAGAACCAGGACAAGAAGAAGAAAUGGGAGCCGCCAAAUCCACCCCCUCGGGUGGGGCGCAAGCAGCGAAAGAGGGACAGGGUCACAGGCCUCGGGCCCAAGCUCCCAGUGGUGACCCCCAACGCAAAGUGCAAGCUGCGACUGCUGAAACUGGAGCGCAUUAAGGACUUCCUUCUCAUGGAGGAGGAAUUUGUGGCAAAUCAGGAGCGCCUGAAGCCACAGGACAACAAGGGAGAUGAAGAUCACUCCAAGGUGGACGAUCUUCGCGGCUCACCUGUGAGUGUGGGAACUCUGGAGGAGAUAAUCGAUGAAAACCAUGGCAUCGUCUCAUCGUCAGUGGGCCCAGAGUACUAUGUUGCCAUUCUGUCAUUUGUCGACAAACAACAACUGGAGCCUGGCUGCUCUGUGCUGAUGCACAACAAGGCACUUUCUGUUGUUGGCAUCUUACAAGAUGAAACAGAUCCAAUGGUCUCCGUGAUGAAGGUAGACAAGGCUCCGCUGGAAUCGUACGCAGAUGUUGGAGGUCUGGAAUCGCAGAUACAGGAGAUCAAGGAGGCUGUGGAGCUUCCACUUACCCAUCCUGAGCUGUAUGAAGACAUAGGGAUAAAGCCACCUAAGGGCGUCAUAUUGUAUGGGGCCCCUGGCACCGGCAAGACUCUUCUGGGCAAGGCAGUUGCGAAUUCCACUUCAGCGACUUUCUUGAGGGUCGUUGGAUCGGAGCUCAUACAAAAGUACUUGGGCGACGGACCCAAGCUCGUCCGGGAACUGUUCAGGGUGGCCGACGAAAUGGCGCCAGCAAUUGUAUUUAUAGACGAGAUCGACGCCAUCGGCACAAAGCGUUACGAUUCCCAGUCGGGCGGCGAGCGCGAGAUCCAGCGGACCAUGCUGGAGCUGCUGAACCAGAUGGACGGCUUCGACGCCAUGGGCGACGUCAAGGUCAUCAUGGCCACCAACCGCAUCGACUCCCUGGACCCCGCGCUCAUCCGUCCCGGCCGUAUCGACCGCAAGAUCGAGUUCCCUUUGCCCGACCCCAAGACCAAGCGCCGCAUCUUCACCAUCCACACCUCGAAGAUGACGCUUGGGGAGGACGUGGACCUCGAAGAGUUUGUGAUGGCAAAGGACGAGCUGAGUGGCGCGGACAUCAAGGCAGUGUGCACCGAGGCGGGCCUGCUGGCGUUGCGGGAGCGCCGCAUGCGCGUCACGCACGCCGACUUCCAGAAGGCCAAGGACAAGGUGCUGUACAAGAAGAAGGAGGGGGUGCCGGAGGGGCUGUACAUGUAG